AUGUCGUCCGCCAGCGACGCGGUUGCGCUCCAGGAGGCGACCGAGGAGCUGUGGCUUCGGGCCGUCCCGCUUUUGGUAGAGAGCAUACUAUUCGGAGUCUUUUCUUUGCUCUUUUUGGCAUCCGCGUAUCUACUCUGGCAGCGCGGGCUGAAGCUGUGGACGAACGCGGUGAUGCUGGGCGCGGUCGUGGUCAUGUAUGCGAACUCUCUGGCGUACCUGCUCGUCGACUUCAUCUCGUUCUUGAAUACUGCGAAGGAUCCCGUCGGCCACUAUGAGACGUCCCCCGCCGAGUUCAAGCGCCAGUCUAUUGGGAUCACUCUCUGUCUUGGCUUGAACUUCUUGUUGAGCGAUGCUAUCGUUCUGUGGCGGGCCAUCAUCUUCUGGUCCGGCAACAAAGUCAUCAUGUACAUCUCUAUCGCCAUGCUCUCCGCUUCUCUCAUCCUGGGAAUAGUCGACCUUGCAACGGACAGAAAUGACCUUUCGGAAUGGGGUGGAACGCCAGUCUCUACGAAGAUACCCCAAGCGACGAUGAACGGCUUCGGAAUUGCUAUGAUUGUUGUAUCAUUCUUGGCGAACCUCUGGGCAACGGGACUCAUGGCGGUGAAAGCCUGGAAGUUUCGCCAGCUUGUACGAGCAUCAGGAAAUCGGCGCGCGGGCGUACGCUUUCUCUUCAUGCGCUUUCUUCAGAUCUUGUCCGUAGCUGGUGUCGCCUAUAGCGCUCUAUGGAUAGCUUUUAUCGGUAUAUCUAUCAACGCGACGACCACCAUGGCAAGCAUCAUCUGGCAGCUAGCCCUGGAGAACGCGGUCACUAUGUGCACGGGCAUCUAUCCCACGUCUGUCAUCGCUCUGGUUAGCCUGCAGAUCUACGGCUCUAACGUCGCGGAUUUGGAGAGGGCGUCUCCUGGUGGCGACGGACACGCAGGGGCGCAUACUCUGACACGUACUGCGGACAUCGAUCUUCACCGGACCGGACCGGCGUACACUGUACACACAGAGCUACCGGAUUCAUCGUCCUCGCGGAGUGCGGCGCAAGAGAAGUCCAGUGCCUGGGACGACAUCCAAUUGAGGCCAUACGCGACGCAGUCGUCGAACGCGGCUGGCUCGAGCUCGGAUGCGGGGAGUCAUGGCCUUUCUGCGAGGAGGUAA